UUCAUGUUUAUUGAAGGUUAAUCGAAGGAAAAAAAGGUUAGCAAGACGAAACAGUGCUAAGAUCUAAUGUGUGUGUGAAUGUAGAGGAUUUAGUUAGGAGAUGUGGGUGUGUACGCUUUUAGGUUGAGGACAAAAAGGGAGCCGGAAGCGAUCGAGGAAUUUAAGAGGAAUGUUAUAAGAAGUACUGAGCCGGGAUUUUUUUUAUUUUAGCGAGUCGCACAGGAUUGACGUCAUCACUGUGAAAAAAGGGAACUAUGGGAAAAGGCUGUAAGGUGGUGGUCUGUGGUUGGGCCUCUGUUGGUAAAACGGCGAUUCUCGAGCAGUUAUUGUACGGAAACCAUACGCCCGGUGCUGAAACAAACGAAACGCAGGAAGACAUCUACGUGGCCUCUGUGGAGACGGACCGCGGCGUGAGAGAACAGUUACGUUUAUACGACACCAGGGGGCUCCAGGACGGCCAGGAGCUGCCGAAACACUACUACUCUGUGGCUGAUGGCUUUGUUCUGGUCUACAGCGUCGACAGUAUGGAGUCCUUCAAGAAAGUUGACGUCCUGAAGAAGGAAAUCGACAAAUCAAGGGAUAAAAAAGAGGUGAUGGUGAUCGUCCUGGGUAACAAGGCGGACCUGCUCGAGCAGCGUCAAGUGGAGCAGGAAGUGGCUCAGCAGUGGGCUCGGGCUGAGAAAGUGAAACUGUGGGAGGUGAGCGUGGCCGAGCGCGGCUCGCUCAUCGAGCCCUUUACCACUCUCACCAGCCGUCUCACACAGCCUCAAAGCAAGUCGGCUUUCCCCCUGCCCGGCCGCAAGAGCAAGGGGACUCCCUCCAACGACAUCUGAGCUCGAGCACCUGCAGCCUCACUGCCACACCAAGACGAUCAGCCGAGCACAUCUGGAUUUCCAGUAAUCAUUAGCAUAUGAUACGGUGGUUUAGCUUUGAGUAAAAGUGGCUAAUAAUAGCAGCGUGCGUGUUUUAAAGCUUACUGUACGUCAGAACAAAAAAGAAAAUAUAUACGGAUGUGGAAUUAAUUCUGUAGUGCUUCCACAAUAGUAAAAUAAGCUGUUUAAACAACCGGGCAUCUAUACAAUACAAUACAACGUGGCCUACAAAGUGCUUUUAAAUAUUUCAAUAUGUGAAACAGAUCUUCCAAUUACAUUUAAAAUGAAACCAGACCUUUAGCCAAGCUUCAUUGAGAUUACACUUUGCAGGGUAGCGUAAAAGAGAUUUUUUAUUUUGUAGCACAAGAAAGUAGUAUUUUGUUUCCUGAGCUGCUCUAGUCGUGAAGGCGAGAGAGUUUUGUGUAGAGAUUUGUAUAUUCAUCAUGGUUUUGCACAACUUUAUGCCCUGGCACUUGUAUGUAAUGUAAUAACUGUAAUCUUAAGGGAAUGACCGGCGAUAACUGUUUUAUUAUUCAAAGCAGUGAUUCUCAAAUCUCAAAACAUCUCACACUUAAAUCAGGGCAGAUUUAAUUAAACGAACUGACAACGCACAAGAUCCAGGUUGAUAUUGAACAUUUCUAAGUCCUACUUUUAUUUCAUUUUUUUUUUUUUAUAUAUUUAUAUAUUUUUGAUUCACUGUUUGAUUCAAGUCUUUUUUUUAUUUUGAUGCCUAUAAAAAUGCUACAUAAUACUGUACUGUAAGAUAUAAAUAUGUUGUAUGUCAUCACUCAAAUAAAGGACA